UGCCUUUAAUCCGUGGCAGAUCUCACAUUCAAUGAUGCGCUCUAACACACGUCUGUAACAUUGGUUUGUUUGUAGAUAUCCGCUGGGGGCGCGCUUUUUCAAUGCGGCAAAAACAGGUUUUUCAUAUACGUGUUUGGAAGUGAAGCAUUGGCGUAGGUUAAAAUCCACAGCGAGUCAAUUAAAUAACGUUUACGAAAAAAAAAAUGUAAGGUAGCAAGAAAAGAUAUGUCAACUAAUAUUUUAAGAAAUAUAACUAUUCUGGAAGCAUAAACAUUCAAUAAACUAAUAAGGCACAUGAUAAAAUGACUACAGAGAUGGGAAUUACAAUUUAUGUUGAGGAUAUGUUUGGAAAACAUUAAUUGUAAAUGUGUAUGAAAUAUGGACCAGUUUAACUUAAAUUCUGAAGGUGACCUCACGUGAGUCUUUCGUCACAUUCCGAACACAAUGGCUAUCACAUGGCUAUUGUUUGCAAUCCUCAACAUCGGCAUCAUGAAAGUAGUUGUCAUGUUUACAUUGAUGUCACAUAAACUCGCGGUCACCUUUCACGAUUACGAGAAGACGUGGGACGAAGCCCAAGUCACGUGCAAGAAUUCUGGCGGGAUACUGUACGUGGAGGAUUCAGAGGAACGUACAAACGUCUUGAUGUCGUACAAAACUCUUUGGCAAAUCCAGCAACACAUUUGGAUUGGACUACACUAUCCUUCCAUCGGACAGAAUGGCACAUUCGGAUGGACGGAUUGCAAAUGGCAAAAUACAGACUGGUAUAGCCAUUACCUACCAGCUGAGCCUAAAGAUGCUUCGCAAAAGCGAUGCGGGCUCUCUGACAAAACUGGUGGCAACUGGAUAACGGACUCUUGUACGGCCAAGUACCGCUUCGUCUGUGAGACCAAGUCAUUUUUAGACACGUGUACAUUCAAUAAAACCAAUGGAGUCCCGACGGAGGGCGUUGUACUUAACCAGUUGGCGCUUGCAAAUAGAAGUGUCGCGGUGUGUGCCAGCGAGUGCUUGCAGAGGAUAUGGCAGAACACACACAAUUGCUGGGCUUUCUUCUUCGAUCAUGCAGCCAUGGGAAAUAACUGCAUCUUGUACUUCCACAACGACCCGUUCUACUUUUCGACUGUUCAGACUACAGCAAAUAGUAAUGCAACAUUUGGAGUCAAACAGUGCUACCAGCUUGGAGAAACCCACGUUAGCAACGUCAGUAUAAAGGAUGCAGCAGAAGUGCCAACAGAAGUCUGUAGCAGUUACAGUUUACAGGUAACGACCACCCAAAGCUCAUCAUCUACAACUUCACAGACUACACAGGCUUUAGCAACAACGCAAACCCAGACGUCGACGUCUCCCACAACGCAAACUCAGAUGUUGACGUCACCAGAAGCUCCAUCUGAGAUGUCAUCUACAACACAAACUCUCACGUCAACGUCACCAACUACACAAACUGACACAUUGACGUCAUCAACUGCGCAAAUUCACACGUCGACGUCACCAACUGCACAAUCGCAGACGGUGACGUCAGUAAAUGUGCAAACUCAGACGGCCAUGUUACCAACUACACAAACUCAAACGCCGACAUCACGAACUACAACCCCUGGUAUGUGCAUGUGCCAAUGUUCAGACAUUCAAAAGCUUAUUGGAAACUCUGCAAACUCAUUUGCCAACCUUACAAUCGAAGAACAGGUUGCAAAUAUCGUACGACGUUUACGACUAGACAAAACGACACUUACGUCCACCCUGCGAAAGAAAACCUCGGCAACUGAUAAUCGGCCUGUGUCAAAAUCUAUUGGCUAUAUUGGAAUAACGUUUAUGUCCAUCGUAUUCGGGUUGAUAAUAUUUUCAGACGCACUUAAAUUGUGGAAUUAUCUAAGACAGUUUAAAACAAUGCCUGAAAGUAACAAUGUCCAAACGCAACUCAGUCAAUGACAAUUGUACGUCCAUCGACAAGGAGCAAUUCGUUGUUUCUGAUUUUUAUAUACCAUAUACUACCAGCGUGUAGCUUUUAAUAUACAUUGACUUUGUUGAGUCGUUUGAAUAUUAUUGGUACAAUGCAUUAUCUCACAUAAUGGUUUGUACAUGUAUUUUCAUUUUACACAUUGGAUAUGAACGCCGUAUAAAGAGAAUAACAGGUUACUUUCUGAUCUUUUUGUAAUAUAUCAGGCAAGGCUUAGGCGAUGCUUGCCGUUAUAUUAUUCGUGCCGAGCCUGAUAUAUUACAACAAGAUCAGGUAGUAACCUGUAUUCUGUUUAUCAUACCUCAAAGUCUCCAAUAUUUAAGAAAUAAUAAAAAUAUCGCUAAAAAGCUUCAUUUUAAGCGGGAAAGAAUAAGAUGUUUGUUGUUUGUCGUGUUAAAAAUGACGUCAUGAGCGCUUGCUCUUAAUAUUUGUGUUUGCUGUUUGUAUUGCAUUUUGUGUUAAAAAUAUAUUACACUUUGGUGUCAUAUUGUUUGUUUUGUUGAUUCUGAAUCGAUUUUACUCAAAAUGAAUACUUUUUAGUUGAUUCCGAUUAAAUUGACACUCCUCCUAUCAUCAACUGAUCUAUGAAAACUUCCUGUUGAACUGAUAAAAACAAUAUAUCAUGCAACGUUAUAUCAGGCAGAAAUCAAUGCAGAGGUAUAAAAAAAACUGCUUAAA